AUAAAAUUAAGUUAGGUUAAGUUUCUCGUGGUCGCGUAAUUUUAUCAUCUACGACUUAUCAAAUUCAGCAUUAUGCUUUCACGAAAUGUAAAUAAACUUUUGCGAUAUUCAUGUUCUCGCAUGAUCUUAAACUGUCGCAAUUGCGCUUCGGCAAAUAUUGAGACAGAUCCAACUGAAAGAGAUCCAGCACCAUUCUUCUUUGAUAAAGAAGUUCAGGCAUGGUUGAGAACAUUGACAACAGUAGAUUACAAGAAAGUUUUACGAACACGUAAAGAUGGACAUAAAAUGGUGUCACCAAAAUAUAAAUUUAUGACAGAUGAGCAACUUGAGCAAGCUAUAAGAGUAGCACAGAAGAGAGCAGAAGUCUACUUGCAAAUGCCACCAGUGGUAAAACAAAGAUCAGAUGAACUUACAUUGUUGUGUCAAGAUCCUGGACUACAAGAUUACAAUACUGCUAAAUUCGUGUUCACUGAUAUCACAUAUGGUCUCAGAGACAGAGAAAGAUUUGUGGUGAUCCGAGAACCUAAUGGCACAUUGAGACAUGCCACUUGGCAAGAACGCGAUAGAAUUGUACCAAUCUACUUUCCAAAACCAGGAAAGGAAUUACAAAAGCCAAGGAUGUUUGAAAACGAACAUUUACAAAGUAUAUUGGAUCGCAAGGAGUACGAAUUUAUACUUGAUCGCACGUGCACGCAAUUCGAGCCGGAUGACCCAGAUUAUCAAGCAAUAGUGCGAGAAGUUUAUGAGCGUGUGAACCUGGAAAAACAUUUUGAUGUCUUGAGGUCUACGCGUCACUUUGGCCCAAUGGUGUUUUACCUAGUAUGGACGAGUAACAUUGAGAAUUUGUUAUGCGAGUUGAUUGAAACUCAUCGAAUUGAAAACGCCGUGUUACUGAUACGCCUGUAUCACAGAAUUCAUCCUACAAGCAAUUCAGCGGUCGAGCAGUGUAGCGACCCGGAGGAUGACGUGCAAUUCAUAUUGCAUUACGCUCGUCUGAAUUCGUUCAAUGGAACGAAGAUAGAAAAGCUCUUGCAUUCGUACAAAGAAUUACAACGGGAGCAGCAGAUCGUGGAGGAAGGCAUUAAAAGAGCACAUGGUAUUCCUAUGGAAACCAGCGAGAUGUAAAUAUAAGUUAAUAAACCUAGCACAAUCUUUAUCGCAUAAUUGACCAUAAUUGGCUAUAGUUAUAUAGGAAUGAUCCAUAAGAUUAUGAUUUUGAAAUUUUUGUUAUCAAUGGGCAGUCUAUGUUUUUCCACAUAAAAUAGAAGAGAUCCAAGCUUUAAAAGCAUCUAAAAUUAAUUAAAAAACUUUUUAUUUUCUACUAAUUCUAUUUCUUACUUAUAUCUCUUUUAUCCAUUUUUUAAAGAUUAAGCUUGUUAAUAAAUACCUCUAAGGAGAAGAAAAUUGACCAUGCUUGAUUUUUUGAGCGAUUGUGAAGAGCUUCAUGUGCUAUUUUUAAAGAAUACUGAUGAACCUCAGUGCUAUCAAUGCUAUUUUUAUAAAUCAUGUAUCAAAUUUUCAUAUUCAUUUUUCUCAAAGUGUAUUUCAUGUGAGUUGAAUUAUUCUUGUAUAACUAUGGCGAGCUAUAUGUAUAAUUGACGACCAUGCUUCUCUGUUGCCCUAACUAUACAUAUCCAAACUCUAAGACCAGGUCAACAAAUUUAGCUAAUAAAUCUAGUUUCGAUUUAGCAACAGCAUUAGCUGUCCAUAUUUCACACACACACAAUGACACAACUGUCAUUGUGUAUGUAUUUAACUGUCGCAGCUAUAUUUUAAAAUUUGUUUACAGUACGCGCCGUAAGUUUGAUCCUAAGUUGGAGUGAGAAAUAAAAAUAAUUUAUUUCUCUUAGAGUAUAGAGCUAAUAAACGAACGUAUUGUAAACGUAGGGUAACGUGAACGUUUUGUAACGUGAGGUUAAGCGAAAUAAAUAAUUUUUACAUCUC